AUGGGCUUUUCCAAAGUGGGAGCUCUACACACACUUCAGCAGGAGCAGAGUCAGGCCGGUGACAAGCACUUCCAGAAAGCCUAUGCCAACGCUCUGUGGCAGUUACCUAGUGUGUCUGCAGCCACAAGAAGUUUUGGUGGAAUCUCAUUUGACUCAACAAAGUCCUCCUCUGAAGAAAGAGAUCGCUGCCAGGAAUGCAGUGCAUGUUUAAGUUGUACUCGAAGAUGCCUCUGUAUCUCCAUUAUUGCGCUGCUUGCACUCGGCGUCGUAGGUGCUGUCAUUGGUUUUGCCGUCACAUUUGGACUCCCGCCACCCACUCCUGUGAACCACUUCUGUGUGACUUCAGGUAAUCAGACUGGCUUUUUGUGUGAUGACAGAGUGACUUGCCUUUCAGCCAGUCAGAUCUGCAACAGAAUCAGAGAGUGUGUUAAUGGAGAGGAUGAGCAGGAGAAAUUAUGUAAUGAUUUGCCCAGUAACCUGCCAGGAUACUUGAUCUUCCGCUGCAGCAACCCUGUGUACUGGAUCUAUGCUGAUAAGAAGUGCAAUGGCGCGAACGACUGUGGAGACUGUUCUGAUGAAAAGGGGACCUUGGCUAGCUGCCCUCCUUGUGGGACUCAGUGGUGGAGCUGCACACCAGUGUUUUUUGAGUAUUGCACCUGCAUUCCCAGGGCCCUCUGCGGAGACAGAAUCCAGCACUGCUCAGACUGGUCUGAUGAGUAUGCCUGCAAUAGAUGAAGUGCCAAGAGGUAGCUACGCCCCGCAGGGCAUGGUCUGCAUUCUCACCUGCGAGCCUUCUCUUCCUGCUGCUUUAAUGCCCUGGGUUGAAGCUUUUGUCUGAAAAUGACAUGGCCUAGUGGAUUCCUGACUACCAUGCAACAGCACUGAAAGGAGGAGGAGCACUGUAUACCAGACUCAGCACAGGACUGGGAGCCAGGAAUCGCACAGUUCUAAUCCUGUGUCUCUUGCUGAUUCACUGUGUGAUCAUGGGCAAGUCGUUCACCUUGCUAUGUCUUGGUUUCCCCAUUGGUAAAAGGGGGAUCAUACUGCUCUACCUCCCAGGGUGUGGUGAUGGUUAACUAGUUACCACCUGUAAAGUACUUUGACGAUACAAAAUGCUAGCUAUGGGUUGAGGUUGUGAUUGUUGAGUUGUAUAUGCAAGUCUGCAGGGAGAGGAGGGAAAUUACAGUAGACAGGGACUCUGUUUUUCUUUCCUUUUUAGGGAAAAAAAUGACAAAUACAGAUUAAAUAUCAACUAAAAUAAUAAUAAGACCAAAAGGUGACCUCACACUCUUUUUGGUUUUGAUAACAACAGUCAUUGCUAAUUGAUCACUAAUCUGUUAGCAUGAAAGGAGGAGAAAUUCCCUGAGUCUUUUAUAGCUCUCAACUAUAUGAAACCAGGUUGCAAACACUCAUUGCUGUCUAUCUAUUUAAAAAAAUAAAUCAUGGUAAAUUUCCCCUGAAAUUAAAUUGGGUUUACUUCUUUU